AUGGCGUCGGUAAACACCUCCAGUAUGGCGAGCAUUCGUGCGAAUCUGCCACAUGAAAAUAGUAUCGCAACCUUCUGCUUGUCUGGUCCUUUAGUCGAUAAGUUGAAGGCAAUCGCAGAAGCCGGGUUUCGAAGUGUCGAUAUAUUCGAAGAUGAUUUAUUACAAUAUCCAGGUCGUCCGAGCGAGAUUGGUACUCUAUGCAAAGAAUUGGGGUUAAAGAUCUCCAUGUAUCAGACAUUUCGAGAUUUCGAGGGCACUGCUGCUCCCGAGGCAUUUGAAAAAAACAUGCGAAGACUUCAACAAAAGUUCAACUUUAUGGACCAAGUCGGGGCCGAGCUUCUUCUAAUCUGCUCCUCUUGUUCUCCCACGUCCAUUGGUGACCGUACCAGAAUUGUUCAUGAUUUGAGACUUGCUGCAGAACAAGCAAAAUUACAAAAUAAAAGGAUCGGAUACGAAGCUUUAUCUUGGGCAGAACAUAUUGAUACGUGGCAGAAAUCUUGGGAGGUGGUUCAAGAGGUUAACCAUCCUAAUCUAGGUUUGAUUCUUGAUACUUUUCACAUAUUUUCUUCUGGAGGCGACUAUACUGGUCUGUCAUCUGUCCCUGGUGAUAAAAUCUUUAUGGUUCAGGUGGCAGAUGCUCCAGUUCUUAACAUUAGUGUUCUUGAUUACUCUAGACAUUGUCGUACUUUUCCUGGUCAAGGAUCUUUCCCGAUAGUUCCCUUCAUCAGGGCCGUCGCCCAAACAGGAUAUCGGGGCCCACUUUCUCUCGAGAUCUUGAACGACGAUUUCCGUGCAGCAUCUGCGAAAGUUGUGGCCGCGGAUUGUAUGAGGAGUAUGACGUUAAUGCAAGGAGACAUCUUUGGAGAACACCUCCUUCCUCCACUCCCAAAACUCUUUGGUGUCGAAUUCAUUGAAUUUGCCAUCACUGAGAGUCAUCUUUCUGAGUUGGAAGAGUACUUGCAGGAUCUAGGGUUUCAGAAGUUUGCAAAGCAUAGAUCGAAGAAUGUUCUGUUAUAUCGCAGUGGCAACGUUUCCAUCGUUCUAAACUAUGAACCGGAGUCACACGCCUCCUCGUUCACACUGCUACAUGGGGAUUCGGUCUGUGCGAUGGCUCUCCGCGUGGAUAAUGUUAUGAGGACACUGCACAGGGCCGAGAUUUUGGGGCUUUCUAUUGUUCAGCCGUUGAAGCUUGGCCCUGGGGAAGCAGCCAUACCAGCUGUGCGGACGCCGGACGACACACUUUUUUAUCUGGUGGAAAACGACAGCUUCUGGGCACAGGAUUUCUUACCAUGUCAGCCAAGUAGUAAUGGUGCCGCUACGCAUUUUGCCGGUUACGUUCCAACUUUUGAUGGCAUCGACCAUGUCUCCCAAUUCCUUGAUCGGCUAUCCAUUGAUCAAAUGGUUUUAUUUUUGAGGUCCACGUUUGGGCUAAUCAACCACGAAAUCUUCCAACCUGAAGACCCUUUUGGUGCACCAGCUACAAGAGCUUUAGUAUCUGGCUCAGGCUCAGGCUCAGGCUCCGCUCGUUUCCUCCUUCGCGCCCUAGACGAGAAGAACUUUAAUGUUAGUAAAUUAGCACGAGGUUCCCCGGGAUGCGUCGUCAAUCAUAUUGCCUUCUCCACCAGCGACAUAUUCGAAACUGUCGAUAGAAUCCGACGGACCGGCCAUACAAGUCACUUCCUCCGCGUUCCUUCUCACUACUACGACGAACUUCAUCAACGAUAUGACCUUUCUCGGGAUUUUAUCAAGAAACUCCGGAUUCACAACGUUCUCUACGACCGUGAUGAAAAGGGAGAGUAUCUCCAUCUCUCCACCGACCAAUUCCAUGACCGUUUCUUUUUUGAAAUCGUGCAAAGAAUCAAUGGAUAUGAUCAUUUCGGGGCUGUCAACUCGAGUCUCAGGAUGGUGGUGCAGUCUGAGAGGAGAAUGCUAAAUCAGACCGUUCGCUCUCGCGUCAACUCCCCAGCGCCUUCGAGGUCUGCCUCUCACGAAGGAGCCCUACAGAUUCGCUAUCGAGUCAUAUUGGUUCUGUUCAAUACUGGCUGCGAAGAAAUCGUAGAUGUUGUUGCAGAUGUCUUAGGCAAGCCGAAGGUCAUUGUGACUACCGCUAGUGAGCUUAGCCAACUCGACGGCCAUCCAGUCGUUGGCAUACCCGCCUCCCUCGCAAAUGGUCCUCUCCGGAACGAAAUUCUCCAGAGAGAUCGAAGCCAAGUGCUCCUCAUCAAUACCUAUGCUGUUGAUGCGAAGGACGACGGAAAUUUACAGAUGUCUGAUGACGCGGAUUUCGAGUACUUGUACCCAUCUCGGCGCAUUUCGAGGCGAGAUUUGACACGAUUUAUAUCAUUCAUCUUGGGCCAGUCAAACAAGCAUGCUGAGAUUUGUAAAAAGUCGCGAAGCGUCUGUUUAGCCCUUACAUUCUCUGAUGUUAGAAUUGCACUCGCGAAUCUUGAUAUCUUAACGGUUGGAUCGGAUAGUAUUGAAUUCCGGGCGGAUUUGUUGAAGGAACCUGUUGGAGGUGGGAAAUAUUCAGACAUACCGAGUAUCAAGUACGUUGGAGAGCAGUUGAUGGCCCUGAGACAGGCUACUGAGCUGCCAAUUGUUUUUACCUCUAGAUCUUCACGAGAGGGCGGAAGCCUUCCUCUGGACUCCGAUUACGCUGGAUUCCACUUUUAUAAGAAAGCUAUCCAAUGGGGUUGUGAAUAUAUCGAUGUUGAGGUGCGAAAUGACGAGGAGAUCCGCUCCGACCUUGCUACCCGGAAAGGAAAUACCAAGAUGAUCGUUUCCUACCAUGAUCACAGUGGCCGUUUCAAGUGGACAGGCAGCGAGAUUCACAGACGCUAUCACGAAGCCCGAAGACACGCAGAUAUUGUCAAGUUUGUAGGUUUCGCUAAUAGUCUUUCUGACAACUAUGACCUUGAGCAUUUCCGCUCCAGUGUCGAAGCUUCUUACAACCAUCCCUUAAUUACUCUCAAUGCCGGCCAAGUUGGUCAGCUCUCUCGUCUUUUCAAUACCUUCCUAACUACCGCGACACAUCCACUUCUUCCUAUUGCAGGUGCACCCGGCCAGUUGAGCGCAGCCGAGAUCAAUGGUGCACUGCAUAUCAUCGGUCAGCUCCCAAAGAAGCACAUAUACAGCAUCGGUACCCCUCGCGCUGUCCCAAUGACGCAGUUCUUCGAAAAGUGCUUCAAGGAGCUUGGCCUACCACAUAACUACUCUUGUUUGGAAAGGAUAUCAGAGCACUCGAUCUAUUCUUUCAGUCAGCAACCUUAUUUCGGUGGAGCUAUCCUUGACCCUCCUCUUUUGUCAAAGCCUAGCUAUAUUCAUGAAUAUACUAGCGCAGCUCGCGGAACUGGUAUCAUCGAUACAAUCUUCGUCCAACGAGAAGGGAACCAACAGACUCUCGUUGGCGACAAUGCAUCCGCUAAAGGUAUCAAACUCGCUUUGACUCGUGAGUUUGCACCAGCAGCUUUCGACGAGAAACCGGUCCUUGUCGUCUCCAAUAGCUUCGAGGAAGCCGCUGCCGCCAUCUAUGCCCUUAGAGAACUCGGUUGCGGAACACUCUACACCGUUGGCUUCAAAAUUCCUCAAACCAACGAGGCGGCUGCAAACGCUGAGUAUUGUAAUUCUCAGCAGAUGGUGGAAAGACUUGCACAUCCGUUCGUAAUGGUCUCGGCGGUCUCGGCGGAGCAUGCUUAUGUUAUCCACCCACUACUCCGUAUUAUCAACAGUCACAGUCAACCGAUCCAAGGCGGGAAGAUAUUCUUGGACUUAAGUAACGGUCCUAAGCGCGGUGAUCCCCUUGGCGUGGCAGCUGCUACCGGGUGGACUACUUUCGGAAUUGCGGAUGUGGCUGCAUGGACUACUGUCAGACAAUUGCAAAACUUGGUCGGUCAGAGUGUUCCGUAUGAUUUCGUGAGAAUGGCAAGUGGUCGUGGUUUGUUCUAG